AUGCCCCUGUGGCAAACAAUACUGGUCAUAACGAGCUGCUCAUUUGCAAUGUUAACGACCACGGCCAGCAACUCUGCUGUCUCGAUAUCCCUGCCUACCAUGGAGAACGAUCUAGAAAUUCCUCAAGCCGCACUCGAUUGGGUUGUAGCAGCUAAUCCGUUAAGCAAUGGAUGUCUUUUGUUACUUUUUGGUCGUCUGGCAGAUCUAUACGGGAGGAAGAAAGUGUUCUUACUUGGAUCGUUUUGGCUUGUAGCAUUUACACUCGGUUGUUCUUUCGCUCAAGACGCGCUGACACUCGACAUACUACGGGGAUUUCAAGGUCUUGGUAGCGCAGCUACCAUUCCCGCAUCUUUAGGGAUCCUUGCCCACACCUUUCCACCUGGUAAAGCGCGUGCUAUAGCAUUUGCAACAUUUGCUGCUGGUGCACCUUUAGGCGGAGGUACCGGUAUUGUCUUCGGAGGUCUACUGACUCAGCUUACUCCACAAUCAUGGCGAUCACCUUUCUAUCUUGUUUCUGGUCUUACCGUGUUGUCGAUGAUUACGGCCAUGAUUUCAUUUAAUCCAGAUCACCCGUCUACGGAAGAAGAUCAGCGUGUUGACUGGAUAGGCGCUUUCUUGGUGACAACGGGCCUUGUUUUGAUAGUGUUCGUGCUCGGGCAAGGAGAAGUCGCGCCAAAACAAUGGUCUACGCCUUAUAUCAUCGCCCUGCUCAUCGUUGGAGUCAUCUUUGUGCUACUCUUCCUUAUAUGGCAAUACCAUCUUGAACGCGUACAAAAUACUACAAAUAACAAUCCUUAUCCAAUAUCUAAUUCUUAUGUCGUGUCUCUCUCACUAUUUGCUCUACACCACCUCCCAACCCCACCACCUAUCAUGAAGAUGUCACUGUGGACUAGAGCGCGAGGACGCGUAGCAGUCGUGUUCUGUAUCGCUUGUCUGAAUUGGUGCUGCUUCCAAGGUUGGAACUACUGGGCAAUCUUGUAUUACCAAAACUACGUCGGAUAUAGUCCUCUACGCACCACAGUUCGCAUGGUUCCAAUGUUCGUCACUGGGUUAUUGUGCAAUGGUUUUGUGGCGCUAUUCGUUGACCAUAUUCCAAUGACUAUCCUCGUUGCUGCUGGAACGGCUUUGACAGGUUGCUCCGCGCUCCUCUUUGCUGUUAUCAAUCCCAAUGCAGUCUAUUGGGCAUUCGGCUUCCCCUCUGCCAUCAUUGCGGUCAUUGGGGCUGAUUUCGUUUUUGCGUGUGGAACAAUGUAUGUGGCGAAGAAAUGUUUGCCUCAUGAACAGAGCGUUGGUGGUGCGGUUUUCCAGACCAUGACUCAGCUUGGGACAGCUCUGGGUGUAACCGUUUCAACCGUUGUGUUUGAUCGCGUUCUGGAGUCCCGGGCAGCUGAUAACGGAAUCGACGUCUCUGAUAUUGGAUCGAGUGGACCGCAGUGGCUAACGCUUCCAGCAUACAAGGCAGCGAUGUGGAGUUGUUUUGCAUUUGGCAUGUGUGCAUGCUUACUUACAGUCAUCUUUCUCCGUGUUGGCAUUAUUGGACAUCGAGUCAGGCCUUCUCGAUCCCCAACGUUGACAGAAGAAGUGGAGGGACAAAAAACUGUGACGAAUAGUGCACGACAAAGUGCAGAGAAGGGACAAAUUGAGAGGUGA